GCGAUAGUGGUGCAUAACAAGGAAGUGGUGGGGGAACAGGAUGCACUUAGGUAGUAGGCACUGACAGUUGGCUCUGGACUUGCCAUGACACGGGCAGCAUCGUGUUCCUGUGCAGCUCUGCCUGGGAAAAAUGGAUGUGCCACCUGGAGAAGCACCUGUUCGCUGAUUCAACCAUGUGAAAAGGAUUACCACAGAACUACACAAGACAUCAAAGAUGGAAAAUAUUUUAUUGAUCUAGGCAAAGAAUCUGACAGCCUAGAACACCAAGUAAGAAAAUAUGCCAAUGUACAAAAGGGAGACCAUUUGUCAAGAUCAGCAAAGAUCAUUGACCGUUUGUCAAGAUCAGCAAAGUACCAACUUCACCUGCAACAUCAGAUUCAAAGAAAAGAAGCAGAAAAUUAAUUAAAAGAGAAAAUACAGACUCUACAGAAGAAAAUAGCAGCAUGGAAACUUCAGUUUGGUGAAUACAAGCAUCAGAUGUUAGCCUUAAAGGAAGCAAGUAAGCAAAAGGAGACUGCUCUGAAAAAUGCAAUCAGGUGCCAGAAACAAAGAGCUCAGCACUUCGAAGCAGCUGUGGAAAAAUUAACCUCCAAAAUAAUAGAAGCCAAACUGUCUGAGAUACUGUCAGCUUCUAGCACCUGGAAGAAGCAGCAUGAUAGAGUGGUUAAAGAAAAAACAAUGUUAGGAAUUCAAAUAGAAGAUCUUAUGAAGUAAGUUAAACUAAGUAUGUUAAGGUACAAUUUAAUAUGCACAGUUAGAGUUUUGGAAGUAGUGUAUUUUACUGAAGUUCUUGCCUAUCUAACAAGGCAGACCACAAGGCUUUUGGAAGACCUGAGAAGAAAGGAGGAAUGGAGAAGAAACUCAGAUGAGGAGAUUCUUGGAAAGCUAAAUGCUGUUGAUUCUGAAAAUGAAAAGAUUUACAUUGAAAAUGAAAAAUUAAAGGCUUAUCUUGACACAUUGAAAAGCAAUACUGUUUCUGUUGAAAAUGAGCUGCAAAAUCUGCAACAAGAAAAGGCAAAACUGCAGGAAAACCUUGUUAAACAAUACAAAAAUCAGGUGACUAGCAUGGACAACGUGGAGCCUGAGUUAAAGGAGUUAGACCAUGGGUUUGAGUUGAUGAAAGCACCUGAGGAAAACCAGCAAUCCCCUCAGACAAAGCUUGUAUCCUGGGAAAGGAUCCAUGCACAGAAAUGCAAAACCCUUAGGAAGCUCCUGGUUCAGGAGGAAUACAGUGCAACUUCUGUGGGUUUUCAUUCCUUAGAAGAAGAAAACUGUAACAUUGAGAAGAAAUAUGAAGAUCUUAAAAGGCAAUUAGAAAAGAUGGAGAUUGAAAAUGAAGGACUUGCUUGUCAGCUCAAAAAGGAAGAUGAGAGUCUGCAGUGCAGUCAAUUGCAGCUGGAAGAGAAAACUGCAGAAUAUAAUGGAUUAACCAGACAACUGGAAUCAGCUUUGGAAGAAGGGAGAAAAAUGGGGGCUGAAGAACUGGAAAAGAUGUCAUGCAGAGAACAAGCCCUUCAGACAAAGAUGCUGUUUCUUGAGGCUGAAGUGAGAAAGGGGCAAGAAAAGAAAAACCAACUCCUCUGUAUAUUUCACCACAACAAAAAGCACCAUGAAGUACAUUUGAAGGAGCUGGAGAACAGCCUGCAGAAGUCCGAGAACAAGAGCCAGAGCAUGCAGAAUUAUGUGCAGUUCCUGAGAGCCUCCUACACCCUCACGUUUGGCUCAAUUCUGGAUUGGAUUAUAAAGAAACUUCCCAAGGUUUGGCUCUCGGCCUUGCUGUGGGCAGGGCAGACUGCAGGACAGCAGCGAUAGGCGCAGCUCUUGGAUGACUCCAGUUCCAUCGUGGCUGCAGCUCGUGUCCAUCUCCAGCCCCAGGUAGUUACAGCUUGUGCUUGCUGAACUGAGCCUGGCUUGUGGCCAGUCCUAAACCAGUCCCUGUCACGAUGCAGAUGAACAGGAGCUGUCAGAACUGCUCAUGUCCAGCCCUGAAGUAACAAAGAGUAAACAAAGAGUUGGCCCCAAGCACACCGUGAAAAGCUCCUUUUGCCUCAGAGACCAACUCAGCCUGGUGCACGCCAGGGUCCCGGCACUGGGGACCCCCCACUCCGGAGGGGGCCCAUGCACUAGCCCCCUCCCCCAACACAUAUGCCCGCCAAGGCCCCAAACCCCCUUCACAGCCUCAACCCCCCCGAGCCCGGCCCCAGAAACCCCCAACAGCGGCUCGUUUCUGGGGCCAAAGCCGCAGGACUCGGGCUCCGGCCCAGCCCCGGGGCCGUGCUACAGAGACCCGGCUCCAGGUCCCGAGCACCCUCCUGUGCACUCAAACACGUUCCAAAGCCCCCAGACCACGUCGUGAGACCAGACCGGCCCUGAGCCGCAACCCCGCACCGGCUGGCCCCGCACCCCGUGUGCUGUGCGAUGGCCCCGCAGCCCCGCCGAGCCGGGGGAUGCUUGCGAACCGUGUGUGGGAGCUGCACGAGCCCGGCUGCUGG